GAUGCCUCAGUCAAACUUGCCUAUCAAAUUUGUGUCUGGCAGGGAAUAAAAAACAAGGCCAGCCUACCCAACUUCCUUGACCACAUCAUUGCCUCCGUGGUGGAAAAUAAAAAAACUUCAGAUGCUGCAAAGCGGACCUGUAACUUGACUGAUACCCAAAAGGAAGUGAAAGAGAUGGUAAUGGGGUUAAAUGUGCUAGAUCCCCAUACCUCUCACUCCUGGCUCUGUGAUGGAAGACUCCUAUGUCUCCAUGACCCCAGCAACAAAAAUAAUUGGAAGAUCUUCCGGGAGUGUUGGAAGCAAGGCCAGCCAGUGCUGGUUUCAGGGGUACAUAAAAAACUCAAAUCUGAACUCUGGAAGCCAGAAGCCUUUAGCCAGGAAUUUGGAGACCAGGAUGUGGAUUUGGUGAACUGCAGGAACUGUGCUAUAAUUUCUGAUGUGAAAGUUCGGGAUUUCUGGGAUGGCUUUGAGAUCAUAUGCAAGCGAUUAAGGUCAGAAGAUGGGCAACCGAUGGUGCUCAAGCUUAAGGACUGGCCUCCUGGGGAAGACUUCCGGGACAUGAUGCCAACAAGGUUUGAAGAUCUAAUGGAGAACCUUCCACUACCAGAAUAUACCAAAAGAGAUGGCAGGCUCAAUUUGGCCUCUAGGCUACCCAGCUACUUUGUAAGGCCUGAUUUGGGCCCCAAGAUGUACAAUGCCUAUGGCUUGAUUACAGCAGAAGACAGAAGAGUUGGCACAACAAAUCUUCACUUAGAUGUGUCUGAUGCAGUUAAUGUGAUGGUGUAUGUUGGAAUCCCUAUCGGGGAGGGUGCUCAUGAUGAAGAGGUACUCAAGACUAUUGAUGAGGGAGAUGCUGAUGAGGUGACAAAGCAGAGGAUUCACGAUGGGAAAGAGAAGCCUGGUGCUUUGUGGCACAUCUAUGCAGCCAAGGAUGCAGAAAAGAUUCGGGAACUUCUCCGAAAGGUUGGAGAAGAACAAGGCCAAGAGAAUCCCCCUGAUCAUGACCCAAUUCAUGACCAAAGUUGGUACCUGGACCAGACCCUCCGAAAGCGGCUCUAUGAAGAGUAUGGUGUGCAGGGUUGGGCCAUUGUGCAGUUCCUGGGUGAUGCCGUCUUCAUACCUGCUGGAGCCCCACACCAGGUUCACAAUCUAUACAGUUGCAUAAAAGUAGCAGAAGACUUUGUAUCUCCGGAACAUGUAAAGCACUGUUUCCGCCUGACCCAGGAAUUUAGGCAUCUCUCUAACACUCACACCAACCAUGAGGAUAAACUGCAGGUGAAGAACAUCAUUUAUCAUGCAGUAAAAGAUGCUGUUGGCACCCUCAAGGCUCAUGAAUCCAAACUGGCAAGGUCUUAGGUGUGGAAGAAAUUCCAAACUCUCCUGUGAAGCAGGUCUUUCACUCACAACACAUACAGGGAACGGCAGGGUUCUCUGCUGGAGCAGAGACCCUCACUUGGAGCCAGUGUGGUCAGUAUUACAAACUCUCCAGCCACUCCUCUCUAUGCUGCCUCAACACUGAAGGUUGACACAGGAAAGUCGCACAGUUCACACACACAGUUUCAGACUCUUAAGCCAAGGGUGCCACAUUCCCAUUCUGUGGCCUUCUGGGACUCUUUAUAAAUGCCUGAACAUCACUGGCCAUUCCUGCAUAUUCUCAUGAUUUGAGAUUCGUGGAACCAGGAACACAGGCACACCUUUCUUUUCUUCUCUUGUGCCUAGUUAAUGGGAAUGUGCUUGGAGAUAGGGGGAAUCACAUAACUGGUACAAAUAGGGGCUAAUUGCUUAAAUAUGCCUGGUGGAAGCCUGACAGUGUCUCUGCACAUGACCUCCAAUACAGCCCAUCCCAGGAGACGGGGUGAAUCCAUUCCCCACAACCUCCCCUCACCCCUCCACAAACACUGGAGUCUUGACCCAAGGAGAACCCAUUGCUUCUCCCAGGAGGCUCCAGGAUUAGGAAAUGUGUGUAUUUAGUGAAAAAUAGGUUUGUAGUGAAAUAGUUACUAUUUCAUGAAAGUAGAUAUUUUUAGAAUUUUUGAAAUACCACAGUUGUUUUCCUGGAUUAUGAGGAGAGGCACAUUACAUUUAGUCUUCCUUUCGAUAAAACUCUUUGAAGAAAUAUGAUUUUUAGAAGUCAACUGCCCGUUAUAGCACAAAAUUAGCCAAAGCAAAAUUUAAAAUAAUUGGCUUUUUAGGAUAUUUUAGUUUCCCCCCUCCCAUCUCAGUCCUAUCUUGAGGGAACAGCCAUCUGAGAAAAAACUUUGUCAUGUCUGAGCUGUGUGUACAUGAAUGAGAACACACACACACACACACACACACACACACACACUGGUGACUCCAGGAACUGUUUUUCACCUAGUACCAGCGUUCCCUUUGGACUCUUCUUACAGUUCCAAAUACAAAGGAAAGUCUGAUUUCCUACAUGAGGCUUUUUGGUUUUGGGGUUUUUUUGUCCAGAAAUAUUUUCAAGAAAACUUUCCAACUCAAUGGAGUUUUAUUAAGAAUUUAUUUGAAAAUAAUGAAAUUUAUUGGCCCAUAGGUACAUUGGGAAAUGUAUCUAUCUUCUUUCCAGCUGUACUGUAGUGCCCUGCAGGCUUGUUUAUAUGUUCACAGUUACUUUUUUUUUUUUUUAAUAAAAGUCAUUUAUUGUAGAAUACUUUUAAUUUCACUUUCUGUAUUUUAAUUUUGUUGAAGGGCUGAUUGGGAUUUCCAUGUUCUUAUUAAAAAUCUAACAUCUA